AUGCAGUACGACCUGUGUGUCCUGUCCAUCUGGGAGGACAGCGCCACCACCCUCACCGCCACCAACAUCCUGGGCUGCGUCCAGUUUGUGACCCGCGAAGACUACCCCCAGUGCCAGUCCCUGCACAGCGGCUUCAUGGGCGGGACUAUGAUCCUGGUCAUCGGGGGCAUCAUCGUGGCUACGCUCCUGGUUUUCAUCAUAAUUCUCAUGGUGCGCUACAAAGUGACCAGCGGCAUCCAAGCCUGCAAACUCCCGGCCAUGAGCAACACGUACUCGCAGACCAACGGAGGCUUGAACCGGUUUAACGGGGCUCCUCCGCAGGUCAAGUCCACGGUGGUGGUGAUGAGGGAGGAGAUGGUGGAGUUCAAGUGUGGAUCUCUGCAAAGUAGCUUAUCGUCGUCCUCCUCUUCGUCAAACUCUCUGGACGGGGCGAGAGGUCCGGCUGACCACUACAGCGUCCAUGGCAGUGAGUGCAGCACCCUGCCGAGUAGCAAAUACAGGCGUCACGGGGCUAAAGCACGGCCGAAUUUGGACCAUCUUUUAGGGGCGUUCACCGCGCUGGAGCUGCGUGGGGCAUUGAGGGACGGCCAAGGAGCAUCCGGACCCUCCACCACGUCCUCAACAGCGAUGCCUGUGGCCAAAGCUCCGUCUGAUAAAGAGCCUCUGCUGGGAAGAGCCGAGUCUACCACCAUGCUGGGUCGCCUGCUCGGGCUGCCGCAGGAAGGGAAGCCCAAACGGAGCCUCUCCUUUGACAUGGGGCACGUGGGCGCGGCACAGAAUCGCAGCAACUACCCGCGCAGGAUCAGUAAUAUCUGGACUAAGCGCAGCCUGUCGGUGAACGGCAUGCUGCUGCAGUAUGACAGUAGCGAAGAUGAGAAGCCCGCUUUUGAGAGCUCAGAGUGGGUGAUGGAAAGCACAGUUUGA